GGCUGAGGCGCGCGGGGGGGGCCGUCUCACGUGCCCCCACCCUCUCCGCACGCAUGGGAAGGCUUUAAGAAACUGCAGCUGCCGCUGCCGCUUCCUCCACCGCCUCUCCGACCUCGCCUCAGUGUUUACCUGCUGCAGCCCCUCUGCCUUAAACGCCGCCUUCGUAGCACCUUUUGGAGCGGCAGGGGAGACGAGAGGGAGUCGCUCGUGGGGCAGAAGAAGGAGGGGGAAAACAAGCCAGUGCUUGCUUCCUAGCUGCCGACGCUUCUUCGGAGCCGCUUGCCUGCCUGUCUCUCAUGCCAUCACAGCAACAAAGAGCACGCUGAGCAGCGGGCGGAGAGGCGCCCGGGCUCCAGGCUCUGCAAACCCGAAAGACGGCGAGUGGACCAUGGCUAGGAAGGGGGAAGCCGCCGCCUCUCCUUACGGUGAACCAAGGAGAUUUGACCCAAAGUUCAGAGGACCUAUUCACAACAGGCAUUGUACAGACGUUCUCUGUUGUGUCAUCUUCGUUGUGGUCAUCCUGGGUUACAUUGCUUUAGGAAUUGUCGCUUGGGUUCAUGGUGACCCCAGAAAAGUGGCUUACCCAACUGACAGCUAUGGGCAAUUCUGUGGUCAAAAGGACACACCUAAUGAGAACAAGACAAUUUUGUUUUACUUUAACAUUCUGAAAUGUGCCAGCCCUAUAGUGCUAAUAAACCUACAGUGCCCUACAACACAGCUUUGUGUCUCAAAGUGCCCAGACAGGUUUGCAACCUACAUAGACAUGCAAUCUUCCUAUAGAUAUAACAAAAGUUAUUGGGAAUACUACAGACAGUUUUGCAAGCCUGGCUUUAGUAAACCAUGGAAGUCUGUGGCCCAAGUUAUGCGUGAUGAAGAUUGUCCUUCCAUGAUAAUUCCAAGUCGGCCUUUUCUUAAGAGGUGUUUUCCUGAUUUCUCCACUAAAAAUGGUGUUCUGACUGUAGCCAAUCAAACUACUUUUAAAGAUGGAAGAGGAAAAACAAGGAAUGUCACUGAUCUCAGGGAAGCUGCAAAGUAUGGAUUCGGCAUCAAUAAUGUUCUUGAUGCAAGAUCAGUUGGGAUGAAAAUUUUUGAAGACUAUGCCAGUUCUUGGUAUUGGAUUUUAAUCGGUCUCUUUAUUGCAAUGGUCAUCAGCUUGCUCUUCCUUGUGCUUUUGAGAUUCAUAGCAGGUGUUCUCUUCUGGAUUUUCAUCUUUGGUGUAAUUGGGAUUAUAGGAUAUGGUAUUUGGCAUUGCUACUGGGAAUAUCAUCGCCUUCAUGGAAUACCUGGCUCUGAUCUUACUAUCUAUGACAUUGGAUUCCAGACAGACUUCAGGGUGUAUCUGCAACUGAGGCAAACAUGGUUAGCAUUUAUGAUACUACUUUGCAUAGUGGAAGUUGUCGUUAUACUGAUGUUAAUAUUUCUCAGAAGUCGAAUCCGAAUCGCCAUUGCACUUUUGAAGGAAGGUAGCAAGGCAAUUGGCUACAUCAUGUCUACAUUAUUCUAUCCAAUCAUCACCUUCAUUCUUACUGCAAUCUGCAUUUCUUACUGGGCAGUGACAGCUGUCUUCCUGGCUACAUCAGGAGAACCUGUGUACAAAGUCAUGGCUAAUCAAAGCCUGUGCAAGUAUGCCAAUCUGACCUGUUACCCUGAGACAUUCAACACAACCAAUGUAACCAAGCUAUGUCCAGGGGCCCAAUGCACAUUUGCUUUCUAUGGUGGAGAAAGCCUGUAUCACAGAUACAUCAUUGUCUUUCAAAUCAGCAAUGUGUUUGUCUUUCUCUGGCUGGUAAACUUUGCAAUUGCACUGGGUCAGUGUACCCUUGCUGGUGCCUUUGCCUCUUACUAUUGGGUCUUGAAGAAACCUGCUGAUAUUCCCGCAUGCCCACUCUUUUCUUCAUUUGGACGUGCAAUACGAUAUCAUACAGGUUCCCUAGCAUUUGGCUCUUUAAUUCUUGCCAUAGUCCAACUAAUUAGAGUAAUCCUGGAAUACAUGGAUCACAAACUCAAAGGUUCACAUAAUGCCUUUGCUAAGUUCCUGCUUUGCUGCCUCAAAUGCUGUUUUUGGUGCUUGGAAAAAUUCCUCAAAUUUAUCAACAGAAAUGCCUAUAUAAUGAUUGCGAUAUAUGGUAAAAACUUCUGCACAUCAGCAAGGGAAGCUUUCUUUCUACUCAUGAGAAACGUGGUGAGAGUUGCAGUUCUGGAUAAAGUGACAGACUUCUUAUUAUUCCUGGGGAAAAUUCUUGUUGCUGGAGGUGUGGGGGUCCUAGCUUUCUUUUUCUUCACACAUAGGAUACCAGUAUUCACACAAGAAGCACCAUCACUGAAUUACUAUUGGGUCCCACUCUUGACUGUCAUUAUAGGUUCUUAUCUAGUUGCACAUGGCUUCUUCAGUGUCUAUGCAAUGUGUGUUGACACACUUUUCCUCUGCUUUUGCGAAGACUUGGAAAGGAAUGAUGGAUCUACAGCAAAACCCUACUUCAUGUCAGCUAGCCUACACCGAAUUCUGGGGAAGAAGGAACUGAGUCCUAAGAAGUUAAUGGGAUAAUGCUUAAAAUAAUUGUGAAAAUGGCAACAGUGUCAAUUUUUAGAGGAGGAAAAAAGCAGGAUGCAUAUUAUUUAGGCAAAAGGGUUUUUUUAAGUAUAAAUGAUGCUUUUGAUUAAUGAGUGAUUGCUUUGUACUAUCUAAAAAUGAGCAAAUGGGCAACAUUUAAAACAAUUAUUUAACAGCUGUGAAACAAGGCCACAUCAUCAUUUUUAUAGAGUGCCUAUGGAAAAGCGUAAAUGUGAAGCUUUUUUUAAUCUUUAGCUCUUAGUGUUUUAAUAACUUUUCUAACUCAAGAUUUUGCUGUUUGAAAUUACAGCCAUUUUGAUAAAUUUUUUUAUAGGUGUAUAUUUGUAAAGGAUAUUCAGGCAAUUUUUGAAAGCACUACAGUGAUUCCUUACUAGCCAUAAACAGAUCAAGACUAUAGGUAACCAGCAGGUGGUCCCAAAUUUGUAAUUAUGGUGCUAUGGCUGUAUUUUUACUGUACAUGCUGGUUGACAGCUCCUUAAACUGUGAUUAAAUUGUAAUAAUGGUUCCCUAUGACGAAGGGCACAUUACUAUGCCAGUCACCUCCACUACAAAUGGUAUAUAUAAGGAAAAAAAUAUUAGUAUCAUACUGAUUCAUCUUCAAGAACAUAAUGAAACAGUACCAAUUGUUUAGAUUGCUUAGAAUAAGAGUCAUAUUAUUAAGAAUAAACUGUUUAAGAAAGUUCUUAUGCCAGAAAUAUCAGUUUAGGGAUACAAACUAGGCCAAGCAAUAGCCUUUUCCUUCUGAUGCAAUAUUAAAUCUGUGAUGUAAUUUUGAAAUAUUAUUAAUGGUACUGUUUAAGGGUGCCAUGUUUUUGUCCUGUGUUAUAUAAAGAUUUAGAUCUAACUGAAAUACUCAAAGAAUAAAAUUCAACUUAGUACUGUGUUUGCCCCUGUGGAGGAAGUCCUUCUGGACUAUCCAUCAACCCCUGGAAGCCCCAGUUUGGGUGUCUGCCUUUGAAGAUUUUUCUUUGCUUUGCAGCUAAUAUAGACAGAGAGAGGGGGGAAGAAAGAGAAUUAGAUAAGUGAGGCUUAAGUUGCUUUGAGCCUCUUGUACACUAUUUAUGUGAACAUCCAUUUUUCAUAAAAGAGAAGAGAGGCUUGUGUCCUGUAAAUCAGCACUGUGACCCAUCACCAAUUAAAGCAAGAACUACUUUAGAGCCUCAUGUAAGAAAACACCCAGUGACUGAAUAUCCAAACUCAAUAUUCCACAUAAUAAAGUGGAAAACUGUCUGAACACUGAUUCGUAAUGGCAAGUGUGGUUUUUAUUAUUUUAACUUUCUGAAUUUAAAGUGAAGAAACAUAUUUCCAUCAGCUUUGAAAGGCAAAUGACCAUGUUGUUCCAUAGACAGCAAUGGGAAAGUGCUAACUGUGCCAAGAUUAUAAAUUGAUAUUAGAGGAGUCCAGCACUCUUACAGGUCAAAUGUGUCUUACUAUAUGUGCUUAUUAGUGGAAGCUGAGUGAGUCAACAAAAUUGCAGAAAAAUGAGAGGCAUUUUCAUAUUUCUACCCUUUGGUUAAGGGCUUGCUCUAAGUUAGCUUCCUUUAUUCACCUUGACCUAUAAAAUAAUUGCAGGUCUCAGCUGAACUGCAAGGAUAUAAUUUCAGCUUUUGUUCUUAAAUCAUGAGAGGCUUCUGAGUUUAGUGUGGCAUGUUUUUUUAAAAAUACAAUAUCAUUUUGAGCUCCCUAACCCUUCAACAUUGUAGCCCUUCAUUAAGACAAAAGUGACUGGCUACUUAGACAGGAUUUUAGCCUGAUUUUCAGAUUUGAUAUGCCAGCAUAUAUUCAGGGUUGAUGGUACCUCUCGUUAUGCCCAAGAUCAUAAGAUACGAACCUCCAUACAGACUUGUGGGGUCCAUUUGGACCCUAAGUGCACUUUUCAUUGUUGAGCUGAGAAUCCUGUAACUGGAGCCUUCCCAAAUUCAUUCAGGUGAACAGUUUGAACCCCACAUAGCCAUUUCCUUUCAGAUUUUUCCCCUCUGUCUGUUAUACUGAAUCUGGUAUAAAAGGAAGGGAGGAGUCCAUCAAGUAACCUUUAACAGGGCUAGCAUAGAACCUGAACACUUUUUUAACCCUCCUGUUGCAAAUUUGCCAGGAAGUCAAUUCUCUUGAAAUACGUAAGGUUCAUUUCAGGUGAAUGUAUUUUGGAUUGGGGUGUUUAAAUCUUAGGGAACUUGCAAAAACUAGAGAUCAGAAAUGCAUUUAAUUAUUUACUAUGCAUACUUAAGGGCAUACUUUCACUCCAGAUGAAUGUGGUCAUAAGUUUGGAUCCAGAGAAAAGUCAGAUGAAGGGGGUGGUAGAAAUUGACUUUCCAACCUGGUCCUCAUCUCAGCUCCUGAAAAGCUUCUUCGGAGUGUCAGUGGACUCUGUUGAAUGGGAUGGGCUAUGAGGGGAAACGGACUCCUUGAAAACAUUUCACAGGCAGGGCUUUCACUUGAGGAAGGUGCCUCCACUUGAUUUUCAGAAAUCUCCCCCAUACCACAGCUCACCCUCUUCACAGGAUCCCCCAGCUCUCGGGAAAGGAGAUACCAGGGAAAGGAGGGGCCAGGAAAGUCAGCUUCUGCUAGACCCUUUCUCCAGGCUUUCUGUGGUUCAACCAUAACAUUUAUUUUCUAAGUCACAGACAUAAUUGGAGCUUGGAAAUAGAUAUAUUAUUUGGGCUGUUGAUCAUUUACAAACUAUAGAUGUCAUCCAGGACUGGUUUUUGAGAACUGUUCUGUGAUGGCUAAAUUAUAUUGCCCCAAAUCCUGCUGUAGUUAGCAAGCAAUAAGCAAUUCAGAACAACUGGUUCUGAAAGCAGAUGUGCGUUGCCAUCAAAAGAUGCAUCAGGCCAUUUCAGUAGGGUUGAAUUCCACAUGACUAUGCAGAUGGGAUGAGUAUGAAUCUGCACUGGCAGCAAGCUGCUCAUACAGAAACAUAUGUUGUGCUGAAUCAGGCCAACAGAGUACAGUCCAACACAGUUACUCUGGGCUGUAUUGUUCAAUCGUCCUGCUUUAGAAAUUAAUAGAAUAAUUCCAGUUGUUCCCAAUUAGACAGGAUUUUAGCCUGAUUUUCAGAUUUGAUAUGCCAGCAUAUAUUCAGGGUUGAUGGUACCUGUCGUUAUGCCCAAGAUGCAGAGCUUGGAAAAGUUACUUUUUUGAACUACAACUCCCAUCAGCCCCAGCCAGCAUGG